AUGAGCAGCGGCAGGCACUUGGCUAAAGGCUCUCCGACGCCGGAUGUGCCCGAGGAUGGGAUACUGCGGCUGUACUCCAUGCGCUUUUGCCCCUUCGCUCAGCGAGUGCAUCUUGUCCUGGAUGCCAAACAAAUACCCUAUCACAGCAUUUACAUAAAUCUCACAGAGAAACCAGACUGGCUGCUCGACAAGAAUCCGCAGGGCAAGGUGCCGGCAUUGGAACUGGUACGAGAGCCAGGUCCACCGGUGCUAACCGAAUCGCUGCUCAUCUGUGAGUACCUGGACGAGCAGUAUCCACUGCGUCCGCUCUACCCACGUGAUCCGCUCAAGAAGGUGCAGGAGAAGCUGCUUAUCGAAAGGUUUGGUGGUGUGCUCGGCGCGUUUUUCAAGGCAUCCGAUGGCGGUGAGUUGGAGCCCUUCUGGUCGGGGCUAGACACCUACGAGCAGGAGCUGAGUAGGCGUGCCACACAGUUUUUUGGCGGCGAACAGACAGGCAUACUGGAUUACAUGAUCUGGCCAUGGUGUGAGCGACUGGAGCUGCUCAAGCUUCAACGGGGCGAGGAUUACAAUUACGAUGCGGAACGUUUUCCACAACUGACGCAGUGGCUGGAGCGCAUGAAACGUGAUCCGGCCGUGAUGGCAUUCUACAUGGAGGCUGAAGUUCAAGCGGAAUUUCUGCGCACACGCAGCGCUGGCAAGCCCAACUACAAUCUGCUGGUGAAGGAUGCCUGAUGAGGAGUAGGGGU